GUUUGAAUUUGUGAACAUACGCGAGCAGUUAUCAAGUUUUGUCUUCAAUGCUUUGUUCUCUGUUAUUUUGACCCACGAUCAGAGCUAAUAGUUCGCUUGUUAUCAGUGCUCACACAGCUAUCAAACUGUAAACACUUUAGACUUUUUUAGCAGACAAAAAAUAAUAUAAUGCAUUUCUGCAAUGAUUGCAUAAAUAAAACAUUUCUUUUAGACGCCGCUUAAUCACCCAGCAACUAAAUGAUCUGCCUUUUACGAACUGGCCACAGAAAUGAUCGAAAUUAUAGAAAUUGGGUUUUGCAAGAAAAACUGCUUUAUUUAAAUCCAACUCACGAAUUACGAAUGUUUUUCUGCUACUAACAAUUUGAAAGAACUUAUCAUAUAGCUGGCGUAUAACGAUCGAUGGCAUUUUAGUUAAUCUGCAAGCUGCUUUUGCGAUUGAACAUGGACCACAAUAUUAAUUUAAACGACAUCGAUCUUAAGGAGGUAAUCGGGACCGGCGAUUUCUCUACAGUAUACAAAUCAGUUUGGCUUCAAAAUACAGUUGCUGUUAAAAAAUAUCGCAAAUUUAAUUACGGAUGGGUCAAGAGUAGAAACGCGCCGCUAUUUAUCAUUGACCAUAAGAACAUCCUGAAAUUGUAUGGGGCUGCAUUCUCUCCAGCCAUAGAAUUCCACCUAGUUAUGGAAUACGCAGACUGUGGAUCACUGGCUACCCAUAUUUAUGGGUCAGAUGUCCCAAGCUAUUCUACGGAAGACGCACUCAAAUGGAUGCUCCAGUGUGCCGAGGGUCUUGCAUUUUUACAUGGGCUGACGCCGUUGCCUUUAUUUCAUGGCAACCUGAAGCCGGAGAAAUUGUUUUUAGUCGAUAACUGUCGCUGCUUGAAGAUCGGUGCACUGGGCAGUCGACAUAACGCUGUAUCAAAAUACUAUAUACCACCUAACGAAGAAGUAUAUGCCGAAAAAACCGACGUAUAUAGCUUUGGAAUAGUACUUUGGGAAGUGCUUUCCCGCAGAAAACCAUUUUGUGAAAAUGAGCUGCCUUCCUUUCCCCUUUUGCAAUGUAUUUUUGGUACUAGACGUCAACCACCUUUGAAUUGUGUCCCGGAUGGGUUGGGCUCUAGCAAUAUAAAAUCGCUAAUUAGCAGGUGUUGGGACAGCGACAAAAAUAGGCGGCCUAAUGUGAAUACUGUGCUAUUGAACCUCAGCAUGAUUAUCAGGCUAUAUUUUGGCAAUGUCCCAACCUUAGAAACAGCAGCCACUGAUCAUAUCAGGGAUGUACAAUUGGAAGAGGAAAUUGGCCGGGGCGCCUUUGGCGCUGUCUACAAGGCUAAGAUGUAUGGCAUUCAAUUGGCGCUGAAACGAAUUUUUGUAAAUGAUGCGGAUGCCAAAAAGGGCAUUGAAAGAGAAGUGAAGUACCUAUCCAGCGCUUAUCAUGAGAAUAUAAUUAAAUUUUAUUGUACUAUGGAAGAUAAAGAGUGCAAAACGUUGAUUUUGAUGGAAUUCGCAGACUGCGGAUCACUCCACAAUUACAUGUAUCGUGAUAGAAAGGAGCGAAACUAUACUUACGUGGCUGCCCUCAAUUGGAUGCAACAAUUGGCGAAGGGUGUUGCUUAUUUACAUGCCAUGAAACCAAAGCCCGUGAUUCAUCGCGAUCUUAAGCCACACAACUUGUUACUUGCGAACAAUUACCGUACCUUAAAGAUAGCUGACUUUGGAACAGUCACGGAACAGGCUACUUUGAUGACGAUGACAAUUGGCACGCCCGGCUACAUGUCGCCAGAGAUUGUCAAUGCCCAAAGAUAUACGGAAAAAAGUGACGUAUUCAGUUUUGGCAUUGUGUUUUGGGAGGUAAUGGCACAUAAAAGGCCCUUUUAUCACUUGGAAAAUAAUGAACCAGUCGCCAUGUUGAUUCAAGUUAGUAAGGGUAAACAUCCUCCUUUAAAAGAUGUGGAAAACUGCCAAAAUGCGGAGAAAUUAAAAAAAGUAUUGAAACGUUGUUGGAAUAUUCUUCCGAAAAGCCGACCAACUAUGGACAUUUUGAAAGAAAAGCUGAAUAAACUAUAUUUACAGAGCUAAUAUUCCACAUACAGCCCUAAGUAGUAUAUAGUUUAAAGUAAAAGAACUGUUAUAAUUACAGCCUAAAAGAAAAUAAUGUUCGCGCAGUCUGAGCGGAGCUCCAUUUCGUUUCGCUUUACAGAUAGUUAGUUUUUAGUUUUUCGAUUGAUCGCAUCCUAGGCACAACUUCUUCGAGUUGGCUGCCAACCAACGACAUACAUACAUAAUAAUUAAUAGAUUCUAAUAAGUGCCCUGUGCGGCAAAAUAAUUACAUUCGAAACAAAAAUAUAGUUCUUUGAAUUUCGCUGCACACAAGCAGUGAUAAAUAA